GUUGACGCGAAAAAGAAAAAGAAAAAGAACAAAACACGGAGAAAGAAGAUCAGUGAAGCACAGUCCAACGCCCAUGAUGACACGGAAAAUUCCACGCCAGCAAACGAAAGUACUACCUUGUUGAUUGGAGACUCUAUGAUAAAGAAUAUCCAAGGUACACGUUUAGGAAAAGCCGUUGGUCAUCGGGUGGUGGUUAAAUCGUUCUCCGGUGCCACCACCAAAGCCAUGAAGGAUUACCUUAAACCUAAUUUGGAGCUUUCACCGGACCAAGUGAUUCUGCAUGUGGACACUAAUGAUCUCAAAAGUAAAGAACCACAACAAGUUGCCGGCUCAGUGGUAGAUCUCGCCAGACAAAUUGAAAACUCAUCCGAUGCCAAUUAUAUCUGA